CUUCGAUCCUGGUUGACACGCAAUUCUAUUUGACGCUGUUCUGGCUCUUCCGUUGUUUGUUUUGACUUUAUACGAAAAAGCUUAAGUGCGUGUUUCAUAGUUGAGGAACGCUACGCAAUUGUAAAUAGAUUUUGCUAUGGCCAGGAGGCGUAACGUUUCCGCUGAAGAAUCCGAUGCACAGAAGACCACUUGCUUUGCAACUCCCACCGUCUAUCAUGCAGCUAUCGUCAUAUUUCUUGAAUUUUUUGCCUUCGGUCUUCUUACUACUCCGAUGAUAUCCGUUCUUGAUGAAACCUUCCCCAAGCACACCUUUCUUAUGAACGGAAUAAUCCAAGGCGUAAAAGGCUUCCUUUCGUUUCUCAGCGCACCUUUAUUGGGUGCUCUUUCUGAUGCCAUUGGACGGAAACCUUUUCUCCUCUUGACUGUUACGUUCACAUGUUCCCCGAUCCCUCUAAUGAAAAUUAGUCACUGGUGGUACUUUACAAUGAUCAGCAUUUCUGGCGUUUUCGCGGUCACGUUUUCAGUGGUGCUAGCUUAUGUUGCCGAUAUAACCACUGAGGAGGAAAGGAGUUGGGGUUAUGGGCUGGUGAGCGCUACUUUU